GUUUUGCGACGCAAUCUGUGACCUCGGCUUUGCUGGGGCGCAAUGCCGGGCAGACUGUGACAGCAAUGCUCGGAAGAUCACGCGGACCUUUUGCAGGUGCGGCCUCUGCUCCGAGUAUCACCUGCUUCAGGAAACUGAGGACGUUGGCCUCUUGCACUUCCGCGCGCACGCGAUGACGGAGGUCCAGCAGAACAACGAGGCGUCCAGCGAGGAAUCCAGCGAGAAGAUUUGCGACGAUGGCCUGCGGUGCAAAGGGGAUCGUGAGCUAUCUUGUAUUAAGGGCUGCAUGGCAAAGUUCUCGGACGUGAAGAACAUCCUUGAGACCUAUGAGGAAAGCUGCCCAGAUUGCAAGGUCAGAGGUCCGAAGGACGAUGAUGGCAAGAAGCGGGAUGAUGAUGGCAAGAAGAAGGAUGACGAUGGCAAGAAGAAGGACGAUGAUGGCAAACGGAAGGACGAUGAUAAGAAGGACGACGACAAGAGGAACAAG